AACCUUUCUUGAAUUCUCUUUGUCAGCCAUGGCCAUAAAUAAUAGACCUGAUUGUUGGGGUGAACUGUGAGAUCUAAAGCCGUCGAUAAGCAAUCAAGGGUCUGUUUCCGGGUCCAGUAGGCUGCUGUCUACCCCCGUCAGGCCAAUAUUGGUCACCAGACAUCUUAAGCAAACUCAAUCGGGCUAUUUUGACGGCUAAUUGUCUUACGAGUGAAUCGAUAAGCAACUUCAUCGCUUCUUCGUUGGGGUCAUGAACGAAGUGUGGUCGGAAGUUAUUUUCAAACAUGUAUUUUUUUUUUGCCUAGAGUAACGAGCACUCCGAAGAAGCAGUGUUUCAUAUGUGAAUCGUACCUUUCUCUUGCCAGCAGCACGUAUAUCAUCAAAACUCGCUAAAACCGCUUAUUUAAAACAGUUCAAGACGCUGACGAAUAUCUGAAAAUACAACAAGGCAAAAGAGGAAAUUUAAAGAGGAUGCGAAAAAAGCAAUGGAAAAAGGAGAUAACAGCAAAGCCAUCGAAUCAUUUAAACUCUCUUUGCCGCAAGAAGAAAACACGACAGACGAGCAGCGUAAAACGUUGCAAACUCGUUGUGAAUUGUACUUCCAAGAAAAGGCCUUUGAAGAUUGUCUUCGCACGGGGCGCAAAUUGAAAAAAGCUUUUCACAAAGAAUACAAAAAUGAGGAUAAAGCUACACAGUGGAAGAGCUGGGGAAACGAGUUAAACAAAGAAAGAAAAUACGACCUAAUGGCUGGGUAUUACACAGUUGCCUUGGAAUUCACACCAACAUCAAAGAUUGAGCUGAUGGCCUCUCUUCUAAGCAACCGCUGUCUAGCGCUUAACCACUUACAGAAGUUCGACGAAGCUUUGGAAGACGCAAAAGAAUGCAUUAAAAUGAAUCCAAAGUGGUUCAGAGGUUAUUCGCGUCAGGGAGCAUGCCUUCGAAAUUUAAACAAAACUCAAGAAGCUCUGAAGGCGUUUUGUAAAGCACACACACACGCUCUUAACGACAAAGAGAAGCAUAUAACUGCAAUAGAUGUGAUUACAACUGCUAUGCUCACAGAAGGUGGAGAAUCACAGAUUACUUGCACUCUGUCAUCCAGCGUGUUACAAUUUCUGGUAAAGGACGCAUCCGAAAAGAAAGAAUGGAAGAAACUGAGAUUUCUAUAUCUUGGUAGCGCCUCAAGCCCAGCAUCUAGAGGACUGGCUAUUGAAAGUGAAUGCGAUGCUUCAAGUGUGCCUCUCGACCUUCUCAUCAAGUCGGAUGUUAAAGAUGUCCACAGCCUUGUCAAAUCUCUUCUUCAACACAACGCCUCCGUGAACGGAUUACGGAAUUGUGCCAAGCCUCCCCUUUUGGCUGCCAUGGAAAUGAUGAACUUUCCUCUAGCUGUGACUUUGUUGAGGAACAAUGCCGAUCCAGCCUGCAUAGUUGGCAAUGGGAUUUUCAUUAACAGAGAGGGUCAACCUAAGCAAUGGCUUCAACUCGGUCGCAGAACAGUAGACGCCAAUGACAGUAAAAAGGCUGUGAUGCUGCUCAAUAUGUCUCUAUACCUUUCGGAUUCCACCAAAGACAAGACUAUUAGAGCACAGAUAUAUCAUGCGCUGGCAGAGGCCUACUUCAUUGGGACCGAGCACGAAAAAUGUAUCGACGCAGGAAAGGAGUGCUUUAAGUUACAGCCAGUGAAAUCGGAGGAAGAAGCAAAGAGAUGGGGAGGACGAGCCGACCAAACCUUCCACCUAAGUGAUUACAACCUCUCCAUUGACUACUUGAAUCAGGCCUUAAAGUACACUCCAGCUGAUUCAAAAGAGACCUUUUCACAUCUGCUGUGCCGACGUUCAGAGGCUUUCCAGCAGUUGGAUAACUUCCAAAGCGGUUUGGAAGAUGCAGUGAAUGCAUCAAAGAUGUGCCCAGAAAUGUCUGAGGUUUAUCUACACCAACAUAAGUGUUUCCAGGCGUUAAAAAGGAAAAAAGAGGCGAUGCAUGCGGCGAACGAAUGCCUAAAGAGAACAACAGAUGAGAACUUCAUUUAUAGACUUUUGUGUGACGCUUUGGCUACUGCUGCCAGUCUUAAAGAGGGAACAUCAGCUCUAACGGCCCCUGUGCCCAACAAACUGCUGGAAAAGCUAGUGAGCGAGGUGAUAAAGAAGAAGGAUUGGCAUAAACUGAAAAUCCUGUAUCUCGGUGGAGGAGGAACAGCGUCGCAACCAGUAGGAAAUGGAGGACUGGCGACUGGCAUCGACGCAUCGAGUGUCCCACUUGGAGAAAUCAUUUGUUCUAAUGUGCCCGAGCGACUCAUUUUAGUAUCAGUCCUCCUCAAGCAUGGAGCCUCAGCAAAUGCCAUUAACGAAUCCGAUGCAGUACCUUUAGAUGAAGCUAUGAGACUGCCAAACUUACCCCUUGUGGAAAAAUUGGUGCACACUGGAGCCAACCCUUGUGUAAUCAGUAAAGACGGGAAGCCCAUAAUUCACCAAGCAUUGAGGAGUGGUCUUCAGAAGAAUGGGACGCUUGAAUUCUUAAAAGCAAUGGUGAAGUCUACACUCCCCGAGGUUCAGUGUGUCCAAGACACAGAAGGCAACACCCUUUAUCACAUUGCAUGCAUUGGUAAGAAUGCUCUGUCAAAAAAGUGUGACGCAAUCCGAAUACUUCGAGAAGCCAAUGUAAACCCCAGUCUCCUUAACAAGAAGAAGGAAUCUGCCAUUCAAAAGGUUCCGUGUCGUGAUCCUCGCCAUAAGAUGUUAAGUACAGCAUUAGAACGCCACAAGUUGAAUUCGUCUGUGUCUGUAACCCAAGAAAACAUCCCUGAAAACGUGUCUAAUGAACAACAUGAUGAAGAACGUCAGGUAACAGGUACAGAAGGGAGAGAAGUUUCGCUUAGUAGUGAAGAAAAAGCGACAACAGAAGCCAAUAACACUCCUCAAAACGGCAACGUUUGGAAGAUAGAUGAAAAACAACAGCUGCGAAUGCAAAGGAGAGAAAAUAUUACCAUCCUCAUCGGUGAGAUAAAGCCUCUCUCCGCAUUUGUUCCCAUGGAUACAAACGAAGAGCACGAUGAUAUCGAGAUAUUCAAUGAGCCUCCAGGGAGCCCUCAUGCAGUGGAGAGUAACAGCGACGCAGUGGUGAACGAGGAAACCGUAGUUGAUGAUCGAGGUGAUGGUGAUAAUGAGAUCCCCGGUGAUAAUGAUACAGAAAAAGAAAUCGACUCCAAAUCUCCUUUUGAGGAUCUUCCUUGGGAAGUGGAUUGUACUGAUCGAGUUUGGAAGAUUAUGAGAAGCAGAAGAGUUGGAUUUUCUACGAGGAGACGUAUAAUCGAUAAAAUUCGCAUGCUAGCGAAUGGCAGAUGGAGUAAGACACUCUGCAAGAGACUCGAAGGUGAAGCAAAGAAGAAGGACAUCGAACUUUACGAAUCAAAGUUAACGAAAGGUCAACGAAUCAUUUGGGAAAGAACAAUCGCUUUUUCUGGUCGAUGCAGCGAAGAUCCCGAGCUCCGCUUGAAGAAGGAGACUUCUGAGGGUCGAAUCUAUUCAGAUAUUAUUCGGGUGUGGGACAUUGUGUUAGACCACGACAAACUUCAGCGCUCUAUAGACCUCAUUGUCAAGUCACAUGACAGGGGAAUGGAUUGUAUCGUAAAGAGGAAACUCAAAGGCAUUCCGCUAGAAUCUGGGGGCAAUAGCGCCUUAACUUCCGAGUGUCUUCCCAACAAGUAUGCAGAGAUUGGUGAUUCGGAGCAAAAAGGAAAUCCACGAGCCAAGAAAAGCGCACCGAAGAAGUCAACCAUUGAUGACAAUUUUCCUCAAGUAUUCUUUCCACCUGCGAGUGCCAAUGAGCAAGAAUAUCACAUUCUCAAGUUUUACUCAUUCAGCACCGCUCUCGUGAAAACCGUUCUAGAAAGCGACAUUUCUUCUAAGAUCGACUUUCCUUUCAAAAUAACUGAACUCGAGCAUGCCAUCGUUAACCUCCGCCCAGAUCCUCCGAUGCCUAUCAUUCUUCUUGGUCGAAGUGGUACGGGAAAAACUACUUGUUGCCUCUACCGCCUAUGGGACCAGUUUCAAAGUUACUGGGAACGUGCUGAAACUGCUGGCCCCCACAUACCUCGAUAUCUGCCCCCUUCAUUGGAGACUGGUCAAUGUUCCGAAGACAAUGAAACAUUACAAAGUAGAAUUGAGCAGGAUGCAAACCAAGCUGUACGUAGUGAACUACGAGCAUCUGUAUCUCCAGAAUGUCAAAAAUCCGAUGCUUUGUCGUAUUCAGUUUCAGCUUGUGCGUCACAAAAUGACGAUCAAGUGACACAAUCAAACUAUUGUCCUCCAAGGACAGAAAGCCGGCUUGAAGACAGCGACCACGAAGAAAAGAAGCAACCUGAGAUGUAUGAACAUCUACAUCAGAUCUUUAUUACAAAGAACAAUGUUCUCUGCAGCGAAGUUGAGAAGAAUUUCAAGGAGCUAUGCCGUGCUUGCCCAGCAGCACAACAUCGUGUACCAUUUGAAGACCAAUCUCUUCCUGCAAAGAUUCAGAGCAUUGCUGAAGAAGCGUGGCCCCUUUUCGUGAAUUCAAAGGACUGGCUUCUUAUGUUAGAUGCAUCUCUUCCUGGAAAAACCUUCUUUAAACGCGCUGACGAUGGAAGCUUGCUUCGGAAAAUUGAUGGCUGGGGAGAGGAAGAUAGUCAUUUACAGUUCAUUCCAGCCACAGAAUCAGACGACGAAAGUGAUCACGAAGAAGAACACGAGGAGGUCGCUGGAACACAACAUGCUAGCGUAGAAACGAAGCAUAAAGGAAAAGAAAGUUCCAUUAACGGAGACAAAGACCCCAGAAGGGAAAUCACUUACCCUGUUUUCCUAGCUGAGUUAUGGCCAAAAAUGAAAAAAGUUUCGAAAGAGAAGGUUGAUUACCAUCCCACUUUAGUGUGGACCGAAAUACGGUCUUUCAUAAAAGGUUCUGCCGAAGCCCUGUUGAGCGAAAAUGGAGAGCUCUCACUUCAAGAUUACGAGUCCCUCGGAAAGAAAAAGGCUCCGAAUUUCACUGCAGACAGAAAGGUAGUCUACGAUCUCUAUCGAGUUUAUGAUCGACAGCGAUCCUCAAAACGAAUGUUUGAUGAGGCAGACGUGGUGUUCAGCAUUCACAAGCGUCUUGAAGACAUAGGUGCAGCUGAAUGGUCUGUUCAUCAGUUCUAUGUAGAUGAAACCCAAGAUUUUACACAAGCAGAGUUGUCUGUGUUGAUUCGUUGCUGUCGCUACCCAAAUCAACUAUUUUUUACUGGUGAUACAGCACAGAGCAUUAUGAGGGGAAUUUCUUUCCGCUUUAGUGAUUUAAAGUCUUUGUUUCAUCACGCCAGGAGGGCAGCAGGCAUCACUGAUGACCAGAAUAACUUCAUUAGAGUCCCAAAAAAGCUAUAUCAACUGACGCACAAUUAUCGAUCACACGCGGGAAUUCUGCGCCUUGCCUCCAGCGUCGUAGAUUUGUUGCUGAAAUAUUUUCCUGAGUCGUUUGACAGAUUGCAAAAGGAUGAAGGACUUUUUGAAGGACCCCGGCCGGUCCUUCUGGAGUCCUGCAGUCCUACAGACUUGGCAAUGAUUCUUCAAGGAAAUCAGCGGCAAUCUUCAAGAAUUGAGUUUGGUGCUCACCAGGUGGUUCUUGUGUCGUCAAAUGAGGCGAGAGAUGCGUUGCCGGAUGAACUGAGACAUGGACUUGUCAUGACCAUCUACGAGGCCAAGGGACUUGAGUUUGAUGACGUCUUGAUUUACAAUUUCUUUCAGGAUUCUCAGGCAAGGAAAGAAUGGAGAGUUGUCGCCAGUUUUAUGAGAGAUGAAGGACUUGCUAAUGUUUCUAGUUCGACUGGUCUGGUUGAAAUUACAGAGGACGGCGUUAUAGUAGAAUCUUCGCGUCCCCUUGAAUUUGAUUCGGACAAGCACAAGGUUCUCAAUUCUGAGCUCAAGUAUUUAUACACAGCCAUCACUCGAGCCAGAGUAAACGUCUGGUUCUUUGACGAAGACAACGAGUCUAGAGCACCCAUGUUUGAGUUCUUCCAGAAACGUGGCCUUGUUAAUGUUGUAACAAUGGGAGAUCAUGAAGCUGGAUCUGGUGAGCUGUCCAGCAUGUUUGCUGCUCGGUCAACGCCGGAGGAGUGGCGAAAGGGUGGUAUGCGUUUCUACAAACACAGAUUGUGGAGAGCUGCUGUACAGUGCUUUGAGUUUGCUGGAGAUGAUACUUGGGUUCAGAAAAGCCAAGCACACCAACAAGUGGAAGAAGCCAUCAAAUUGCGUACCACAAAUCGUCAGCGAAUGAAGGAUGAAUUCCUCAGGGCUGGAGAAAGCUUCCUGAGAUGCAGCAUGUAUGAUGAGGCCGAGAUUUGUCUAAAUAACGCCCAAGAGUGGACCCUUUUGGCUAGACUGUACGAGAAAACAGGAAAGUUUCAGGACGCAGCUCGUCACUUUAAGAAAGUAAGACUUCACAAGGAAGCAAGCAGAUGUUACGAAGCACAAAACAACUACGCGGAGGCCAUCGAAGUCUUUUUCCGUGCAGGCAUGUUUGAAGAGGCACUGAGAGCCCUCGAACGCUAUAAUAUCCUGGCAUCGAGCGGUGACUUAGAAGGAAAACAAGGCAUAAUUCCCCCAAGAUCAACCCGUACAGUGGAGAGGCUACGUCACCAACUGGCAGACCAACAUUUCAAAAGAGGGGAGAAAAACCAAAUGGGCGAGGUCCUUCGAUACCUUCCAUCUAUCACCGAUCGUAUAACAUUCUUGAAGAAACGCGGAUGUCUUAUUGAGGCAGCGAGAGCUUUGGAUGAUGACGGGAGAAGGGAUGAAGCUGCUCGGCUUUUAAAAGAUGCAGGGAAAUUUGAGGAAGCUGAAAGGUAUUCUACUGAUCCCAAAUUUGCUGCCGAUUGUAUGAUAUCUCUUGUUCGCACUACCAAGAAAAACGAAAAAAGUCCUGCUUUUCUUAAAAAAGCUAUUGAGAAGUAUAAAGCUUGUGAUGACCUGAAUGGCCAAGCGGAAGCUCUGUUGUUGCUAGGAAGAUUUUCCGAUGACAUUCAGAAGUUCCAGGAGGCGGGAAGAUUGUUUGACAAGUGUAAGAAUCCGUGCGGGGAAGUAGAAAGUAUCACGGAGUUGCUCAAGACAACAGACUGUGCACCUCCAAAAACCUUCCAUCAAUGGUUGGCUGUGAGAGCCUUGGAGAGAGUAUUACAAAUUAUUCAUCUUUUGUACAUGCCAGCCUGGAAAUUGACCGCGGCGCAACGCAUUGAAGUCUCGAAGUGUGAAGAAUUCUUUGGACUUUUUAAAACUGAUGUUGCAGAAAAGAAGAGAUACUUUUGUAAAUGUGGAGGGCGGUACGCCAAGCUUGAUCCUAAGAUCCAUGAUGAAAGCAGCACUUCUAACAUUGACGCGACGAUAGAGACCUCUGAAGCACACCAGAAAAUUAGUCGGGUCUUGAUUAACGAUUGUGCUAAGCUCGUAAACUUGAUUUGCACGAUGCUUGAGGUAACCUUUUCCAGGAAUUCUCUGUGCACAAAAAUUGAAAUGGAAUCAACCUGCAACAAUCCUAGUUGUGAAUAUCUGCAUGAAGAUUCUGAAGAGCUCUUCAAGACCCGCUUCCUUGCGUUAUUCCAUUUGAUCUAUCUGGAAUCAGUCGUUGAAUCCUUCAUGUCGGGGACGACCUCAGAGAAAGAACAGCAAGAUGCCCACCCCUUAAAUUUCUCAAAGUUUAAGAAGUUUCGCUCUUGUGAACGAUUCUAUGACUUCUUGUUUCCCACGUCUGGUUAUCGAGGAUACCAUCUUACACCAGAAAAUGUUCCCCAUCUAAAUAGGACAAAACUGGUCACCAAGCGCAUUUCAAAGUUCGCACACGUUCUGUGGAAAGAAAAGUCCGAAGAGUCACGUCGGUCAGACACUGACAACUUUCUUAAGGUGUCAUCGUUUUUGCAGCUAAUCGGCGCAACGAAUUCUAUGGUAAAGUGGAUUUGUGAAGAGGAAAAAGAGUUCGAAAAGGAGACAAGGAACCCACAAUUUAGUUCCAUAAAUGAUUUGUUAUCAAAGAAUGGAAUGGUAAAAAUACGGCAUGGGCGUUACGAGAGCUACUUGCAGUGGUGGGAGGAUGGAAAGAAGAAACUGUAUGUUGAUGGCGAUGUGGAAAAUGCUGCUCAUCUGAUCAUCAGACGUUUCCUCACUCUAACAGCAAAGCGAAGCAAAAUGAUUUAUCCAUCUAUUGCCAACACCAUUAUGAUCUUAGAACAUCAACUGACGGCUUGCCUUGCUUUGUACUGCCAGUUGUGUAAGGAGCAUCGAUAUCCAGUUUGUCUACCAGCCAGUUACCUCACGAUGGUAAGGUUCUGGGACAAUUUAAUUGUAGGAGCUGGGACAGGAAAAUUUACUUUGUAUCAAGCAGUGGAGAGAAAUUGUGCACAGGUAACCAGCCAAAUUAGACUGUCUAAAGCUGCUCGGUCUAUUCUAGACCACAUAGUGAGGCUGACAUGUGGCGAGGAAGCCCAUUGGUUUGAUGUUGUAGGGGACGCCCUUGACUCUGAUGAAAGUCCGUCGUACUGUGACUCCGGAGAAGCAGAGAGAACCCUAGUGCUUUUCCUUACCAUGUUGUGCAACUGUGGAAAAGGAAUUUCCAUUCAGUCGGAAGAAAUAAUGCUGAGAAGAGCGCUUCGUAUCAGGUCCAACCCACAGUUGACUAGCCGUAUUAAAACAGUUUUAGAAGAAAUUAAAGAUGUGCAAGGGCGUUGUGAUGUGGUUUCAAUUUUCAAGAAGUUCCUGAGAAGUAGGGCCGAAGAACUAUAUGAUCUGCGCUGGAAUAAAGAGGAACUUUGUUACGAUGAAGCAUGCAAUCCAGCGACUUACCCCGGGACAUUUGACGCAAACUUGUCUCACAUACGUGACGAAUUGAAACAGGAGCAACAUGAAGGGAAAACGUCUAAAGAAAAGGAACAUUUGAAUUUAAUCGGGGCGGAAGUUACGGAGGAGAGCAUGGAUGUGGUUUAUACAGAAGAAGAGAUUAAAGAGAAAGAAAACAUGCGAAGAGAAGUGAGCGCUACCACAAUCCAAGAAGAAGAAAUCGAAGCGAAAGUAGAAGUGUUACCCGCUAAAACGCUAGAGAGGUCCCAGUCCAAGGAGGAACAAACGAAUUUGGAAAAUGAUGUCUUUGAGGAACAUUUUUUCCAAUUUAAGGUCGACGCAUCUGCAUGUGGAAUAUGUAGGGUUAGUUUCAAAUCUUCAACUGACGAGACCCAAAUGAUGGACGAAGACAGCAAAGUUUCCGAACCAACUGGAGAAAUGGCGUCGUUAGGCAAUGAGAUAGAGAAUCCAGAGGCCCAUAGAAAUUCCCGUGCACAUUUGGAGAAGGAGAAGGUUUUCAACCUUUAUAAAGAUCUGUAUUUGUCAAAAGUCAGUCCCUUACUUGCGAGAGAAGCACAUCUGCGCAAAGGGCUAGAGGAUCCUUCCUUGUCUGGUAUUGGAUGGGAUAUGGAACGCUUAGAGACAAGUCUCUCUAAAGUGAAGAGCCAAGUACAGAACAUAGAGUCUUCUUGGAUAUUGGAAAAAGUCCGCUUACUUCCAGAGGCGGUAAAAGAGCUUGAAAUCACUCUUCAAGAGACAGAAAAGAUCGUGCAACAAGCAAAAAAAGAAUCCAUCUCUACUGAGAAUGAAGAUAGUGAACCAGGGGAAAGAGGAGAAGGAUUGCAGGAGGAAGACCAGGAAGAAGAAAACGAACUCAUCCCCAUUAAAGAAAUGCCAAAUAAAAGCAGAAAAGGCGGCAGAUCUAAAGGACAACGUAAAAAGCGUAAAAAGUAGAUGGAUCCCGAGAUGCCUUACGAUUGCAUUAACCAAUUUUUUCCUGUAAAUACCAUAUUUUAAAUACGUUAUCAAAUGGGUUUUGUAUGGCCUGUUACGCAAGUGACUGUCCAUUGGAAAAGGUUGUAUGAAAACUAGCCCACAAGAAAUGGAUACAUAUAUAAUUGACACGAUUUGACGACUUUGUCAGUGGAACAAAGGAAAAAGGCAAAAGCUGUCAACUCCAUACCACGGAUGUAAUACAAAGAAGAUGAGACUAAAAAGGAUAAUAUUUCUCGGCCUGUAGCCGAAAAGAAAAAUGCAUCUGAAUUGUUGCAUAUACGCUGUAUUUCUCGUAGAGCUCUUUUUUAAAAAUUAUGUGGAAGCAUUUUCGAGGUAAACUUACUUAAGCUCAAAUUAGGGUCCGAUAAAUAUUUGUGUUGAAAAUACUCUUAAUUCGCGACGCCGCAGUUUCUCCUUAACAAAAGAAAAAAUUUUAAAAUUUAGCACAAUGGCUGAGAACAUGUUGAAAAUUUGUCCUAUGAUAAACAAACAGAAUCCAUCGAACAGAACUUCAUUUCGAGCUCUUUCCAUAAAACAGUAUCAUGCCUAAGUAGUUAAAUCUACUGUAAAAUUGGCGGCAUCAUAGUUCUGGAACGGCUAAAUUUAAGUUGUAAAACUUCACUCAGCAGCAAGCCCUUAUCUUAAAAGAGAAAAUGCUGAAGUUGUGAAAAUCUAUCGAAAAAUGUCUGAGACCGUCCCGACAAACUGUUCUACUGGAUUUCCUCAUAACAUUAGUAUGCAUAACAAUUGCGAUUGCCAUGCAACACCCACUAUUUCAAACUUCAACCCUUUGGUCAACGUGCGUGUAAAAUUGAUUCGACUGCCACGAGGGAAAGUUGGUUUUUGAGCGCUUUCAAUAUAGUCGGUAUGUGUCUCGGAAAACUGUUUCCUUCCACCUUGAAAAAACUGACAUACUACAUACGUGUGAGCUUGGGAUAAUCAAUUACCACUUAAUUAAAGCUCGAUCGUGAACUCUUACUUCUACGCAGUUUUGAAAUAAUGUACAUAUUUGCUUAGGAUGAAAUACAAAUCAGUGAAAUUGUU